CUGAAAGCAAGAUGUCUUCCGCUAAAUGGGGCAGUGUAUUAAUAUGCACUUGCCUUGCUUUCGUUUUUCUCUCACUGUGUCUCGUGUCCCAACCUACAGCGGCGAGUGCAGGGACUAACCGUCAUAUCAGGGAGAUUUUUAUCGGACAAUGCUGGUACUACACGGAGUAUAUCGGUCAAAGUUUAGGCGAGAGCGUUCAGAAGAACUGCACAGAUCUUUGGGAGAAAUUUUCCCAUGCCUGGAUGUACAAAGACCCUUGUGACGUCACAGUGGCGGACUAUGAACCGUUUGUUAAUGCAGCCACUGUUCCAGGAGAGGUCCCUACAAAUAAGGCGGUAUUUUGGGAGGCCGCGUACACCCUAGCACACGAUUAUAGCGGCAGACGGCGCCGGUACGUGGCUUCUGCUGACAUCCUGACUGGCUACCUGGGUAAUCACGUGUUCGCCUGGUGUGGUCAGGAGGAAGAGCCAGGCAUCAACUAUGACCAUUGUCCACUGGAAGAGGACUGUCCCAUGUUCCAGGGCCAAUAUGGCGGAAUGUGGACAGCCGUGUCGAAAGCAUUUGCAGAGGUCUGUACUGGGGUAAUUAAAAUGAUCCUCAAUGGAACGACGGCUGGGUCCAAUGUGGCAUUCAACGAAAGAAGCUAUUUCAACCUGUUUGAACUUCCAAACCUUCCUAAGGCGAAAGUCACGCGAUUCCAGCUCAUGGUAUUCCAUGAUGUUGGGAAAACGCACAAGGAAACGUGCAACAAUGGCAGCAUUCCCCUCCUUAAAAAACGUUUAGAAGAACUUGGAUUCGAAUAUGACUGCAUCGAUGACCCAAGCGCACUAAAGCACAUUUUGUGUUUGGAUGACAUCAAUUCAGCAGAAUGUCAGUUCGCCUCCAAGGUACUUCGGCCAACAUCCGCUUCAUAUACCACAGGAGCAGGCCUCCAGACCCUGGUGUUUGGAGGCAUAUUAAUCCUGUCUGUGUCCUGUCUGUGGUUAUUUUAUAACCAUUUACAGAAUAAACUGAGCUGACAUGUGAUUAAGUAUAACGGAUUAAAAUCACGCAAAGCCAAAUCCGAUUUCAUAUUUAAAUGCAUACCAAAAACUAAAACGUUUUUUACCACUUAUUACCCCCUUAUAGUUUAAUACUAAAUCACAAGGCGUAUGCCAGCAUAAACAUUACCUUAAUAAUACACUACUCACAAUAUCUGCACAUAAAUAUCAUUCAAAGCUGGAGUAGAGCUGUGAGAGAGCUGAAGCUAACACACAGUGUGUACAGACUAGAUUUAUCAGCUUGAUCAUAAGAAAAACCGAUAAUACAACAAUACACAAAAUUUGAGCCUUGGACGUCUUUAGUAAAUACAAAGCCAAAAUAAUUGAAUUUAUCAAAGUGAACAAAAAAUGAGAUUUAUGGAAAGAUUGGAUCAUGCCCAUUUUCGAACAUGACCAGCACUUUCAGGCGAUGAAUAAUCCCCAUAAGUUUGAAUCCCUACAGCAACAUUACUUCUCCGGAAUGGCAGUAACAAGAAAGCGGCACAGUUCUGGUGACGUUUGAGUGACCGGAGUAUGUACAUACAGUUUACUCAACAAAAUAUAGGCCUAUAUAUUUGUAUACACAUCCAAGAGAGGAUUUAUCAUAAAAAACGUGUUGAUCUUUUUUUUUCGAAUUAAUAAAUUUAGUUUUAUAUGCAUUUUUAUCGAUCAACUAAAUAUUUAUUAAGAAAACCCGUUGAAUAAAUAAAGAGCGCCUUUACGUCACUAAAAUAUUUAACUGGAAUCCGUAUUAGAACAAGUAGGGUAUGAAUAUUACCUUGAAAUACAACAAGACUUUUUGUUGAUGGAUGGAUCAACAUCACACAAUCAUGUUAUAGGCCUACUGCGUUUGAAAAUCAAGUUAUUAAACAGUGUCAUUGUCCAAUAGACAGUGAGAAUUUAUUUGGUGUGACACAGCACAAAGUGCCGGGUUGGAAAGUUUGAAGACGACGGUUAUCUAACCCUAGGAUUUUCCGUAUUUCGGAUUUUUGCAGCCAAGUUAAUUUCUUUUGAAUCAUGGGAUGGGUAUGGUCCCAAUAUUGAAGGAUAAAGUCUGGUGUCACAAGGUACGAAUGAUUGCCUUUUCGUUUUGGUUCCCCCGGAAUUUUGACGUUUGGACCUGGUUGCAGAGUUCCUGGACUUUGACGCGAAGACGUUCCUUUCAAAACAGCCUCGAUUAAGGGGUUGGCUUUGGCUGGACUGGCUUUAAUUUCCGCCAGCAAAGCUGACAAGAUGUAGUUCCGCGGUAUUUCGUAAUCAAAAUAAGCCUUGUAUCUUCCCGUCGAACGCGAAACAGUU